AUGCAAAGAAUCUCCCGAGCACCCAAGAUCUUCAGCGUCGCCGGUAGCGGAUGCCUUAUCCUUUCGAUGGCGGCCAUUGGUGCGCUGUACGAGAUGGACCAUGGGCAGUCCAGGGAGCUGUUCGAAUUGGCGAAGAAGAUGGUUCAGCAGUAUCUUGAGGAGCGGCGAAAGGCGGACGUCAGGAAAGCCGAUUGCCUGCGUACUCCCGGAUCGGACGUAACCCCUCAACCGCAAGAGAAUGCAACUCAUACCCCUGUUUGGCUCGUGCAGGCAAUGCUCCUGAAUGUGGUCUAUGGGCACAACUGUGGCGACAAGACGGCGAGCGAGAUCGCUUCGACCCACUGCGCAGCCCUCGUUAGUCUUGCCCAGGGUGCUGACCUCCUCCGACAGACCAGAGUAGAAGCCGAGAGUCACGAUACCAUGAUGAGCGAGGACGCGGCGUGGACCGCCGCCAUCAAGUCCGAGUCCGAUGAACAAACCGAGUGGAUCAAGUGGAAGAAGGUGGAAGAGAAGAAGCGUACACUUUUUGCCGUCUUUGUCCUGUCCAGCCUACUUGUCUCCUUUUUCAACCACCCGCCAGCCCUCUCCAACUCCGAAAUCACCCUUGACCUCCCCUGCGACGAAAAAUUCUUUAGCGCCGAGACUGCUGCAGCGUUUCACGCUCGGGGCGGUUCGCAAGCCGCGAACCGUAACCGCGUGGCUUUCAACGAUGCUCUCGGAGAACUUCUCCGAGCCAACGAGAGGCAACACAAGCACGGUUCCGCCGACGCUCACAGCGAUCUCAGACCCGGUUCUUUUGGCUGUUUUGUAUUGAUGAAUGCACUUCACAACUACAUAUGGGAGACGCGUCAAAGGCACCAAGCCAAAGGUUGGACCACCGACGAUAUGGAGACAAUGCACCAGCAUUUGGAGCCAGCGCUCAAAGCGUGGCAGACUGUCUGGACCAAGAGCUCCAAUUCAGGCGGAGAUCUUACCCUAGAGCCGGGCGUUCUUUCUGCUGACUCCAUCUCCCUUUUGGACAUAGCACACGUUCGACUCUAUGCCAACCUUUCGCUGUCUAAGGAACGAUUCUGGAAGCGUGACUGGGAUGGCGUGGCGGAGGAGAUUGCCCGCUCUAGCGAGGCCUCACCGCUCGCUGAAAACACCCCCGACGCGCAAAGCGAAGCCAACAGCGCCGACUCCUCGGACGCCUCAAUGAGUGGCUCUGGUGCCGCUGACUCACCCGCUACGCAAAUUUCAGUCCCCCACGAGUUUUCUGUGCCCGGCAAGACAUCCUCGCAGCAACAGGUAUCCGGAGUCGACUUGCAGCGGCGUGAGAAGUACAUGCGGACGGCUGCUUUCUACGCAGCGGAUUCGCUCGUGUCGAUGGUUCUUGGGGAAUGGGUAGCGACUCUCCAGGACCGCGUCGGACGCUAUCUCGGGAUCCUUGGCCAGGAUGACGUCGAUCUCACACAGGUACCAGCCAUCAUGCUUCUCGAAGACGAGGAUGUCAAGUUGCUCCGCAAAGUGCAAGAGAUCAUUGCUGUAAUCGAGCCGAACCUUAGCAUGGAUCUGGGCAGCGCUAGCUCGGGACUUGCAAGCAAUGGCGGCUUUUCGGGCUAUGCCUCAAAGCUCCUCCAGCUGGCAUCCAAGUCGCUAUUCAAGUCAGCGGUGUGGCCCGGAAAGUGUGGAAAACGAGAAAAAGACAACAAUAUCGCGACACGGAAUUUCGGUACGGCGUAG